AUGUAAAUCUACAGACACAAGGACCCAGCAUCCUGGGGCUGGGCUGCUCAGCCUGCAGGUUGUGUAUGGGGAUAUCUGUCCAUACAGGAGCACAUUCUUGUGAGAAAGAAGUUAACAUGGAGCAAAACUGGUCGGCAGUUUGUGCACUGAUUUUAGCACUCAGUGCUUUAGUGCACCAUGACAUGGCAGAAGCUGAUGGCAAUUUAACAGUGACUCUUCAAAAACCAGGCCACUGCCCACGUCUCCUUAAUGUUGUCCCAUCACAUAAGGGGUGUGUGUGUGAUGAAGACUGUCCUGCUGACCACAAAUGCUGUGUGUUUGACUGUGGGGCCGUCUGUGUCCCUCCUGCUUUCACCAAGCCCGGAGUGUGUCCUCGCAGGCAUUGGGGCUCAGGACUGUGUGCUGAAUUUUGCUCCAAUGACAGUGACUGCCCCAAUGAUGAGAAGUGCUGCCACAAUGGAUGUGGACAUGAGUGCAUUGCACCAUACACAGUGAAGCCAGGUCGCUGUGCCUUCCCCCAGGGGACCCCCAUGUGUGCCGAGUACUGCUAUCAUGACGGGCAGUGUCCAGGAGAGCAGAAGUGCUGCAAGACAACCUGUGGCCAUGCCUGCAGUGAGCCCUGCUGAUUGGACAGCUCAGCAACUUUGCUACAACAUAAAUGUAUCAUGUUCACUCUUUUUACAAUUUCCAAUUGCGUGGUGGCACACUUUGGUACAAUAUUUGAGCACUGGUUUGCACAAAGUUGGAUUAUUUGGGGGAAUAAAGCAAAUUGUUCUCCUUUGAUAUUAAGAUGCAAUUUUAUGUGCCUGUACUUUAUUACGUAUUAACAAUGAAAUAAUGUUCUACUCUAACUGUGGAAGAGCAAGAGCUAUAGAAUAACCUGCAGGAGGGAAAUGGUAGUGUACCAUUCCUAGUCUUUAAAAGACCUACAGUUUGUUUUGUGUUUUUCUUUAUAAGUUUAAACUUGAUAGAUCUUACUUUGAUGCCAAUAACAUUUUGGUCAGUAUUUCUGUAGGAGCAUUGAUAUUCUAUCUCCUAGUAUAUUCUAAAUGGAUGAAAAUUCACUGUACUUGCAGCUCGUACUUAUAUGGAGAAAUUUGUUUUUCAACCAAUAAACAUGUUUCCAGA